AUGCUUCUGACGGACUUUAAGCAUCUUCAGCCGGCGUUCGCUCUGCUGCCCCCUACUGGAAGCAUGUAUAACUGGACGGAGCAGCAGGUUGCUGAUUGGCUGCUUCAUGUGGAGCUUCCUCAGUACACAGAAACCUUCAGCAAACACCAGCUGGACGGCAAAGCUUUACCCAGGCUGGCCGUGAAGAACACGACGCUGACGCUGACGGUGCUCAAGAUUUUAGACCGAAGUCACGCUCAGAAGCUGCAGCUCAAAGCCCUGGACAUCGUGCUGUUCGGCCCGCCGCCAGGCAGACAGAAGUGGUGGAAGGAUCUGGUUCUGGGUUUGUCCAUCCUGAUGGCGUUGGGCGGCUGCUGGUUUGCGUACGUCCAGAACAGGAAGUCCAAAGAUAAUCUGGGGAAGCUGAUGAAGGACCUGGAGGGUCUGCAGAGAGCCGAGGAGAGUCUGAUGGACAUGCAGGGGAAGCUGCAGCAGGCUCAGGAGGAGCAGCGCAGCGUUCAGGUGGAGAAGGUGAAGGUGGAGGAGGAGCUGAGGAACGAGAUCAACUCGGCCAAACAGGAAGCUCAGCGGCUCCGUGAGCUCAGAGAAGGAACCGAGAACGAGAGGAGCCGCCAGAAAUACGCUGAGGAGGAGCUGGAGCAGGUGCGUAUGGCUCUCAGGAAGGCAGAGAGGGAGCUGGAGUCUCGGGUUCACUGGGUCGCUCCGGAGGCUCUACAGACGUGGCUGCAGCUGACGCACGAGAUCGAAGUUCAAUAUUAUAACAUCAAGAAGCAAAGUGCAGAGAGACAGCUGCUGCAGGCCAGAGAAGGGGCGGAGAAGAUAAAGAAGAAGAGGAGUUCUCUGUUCGGUACGUUCCACGUGGCUCACAGCUCCUCGCUGGACGACGUCGACCACAAGAUCCUGUCAGCCAAGCAGGCGCUGGGCGAGGUGACGGCCGCUCUCAGGGAGAAGCUGCACCGCUGGCAGCAGAUCGAGGCUCUGACCGGCUUCUGCCUGGUUAAUAAUCCGGGUCUGGGGUCUCUGGCUGCGGCUCUGAACCUGGACCCGGCCUUCCUGGGUCUGCGACCUCCGACCCCGCAGCACCUCCUGCUGUCUGACGACCUGGACGACAUGGACGAGGACAUCCUGUCCCCCGGCACGCUGCAGUACGCAGCGUGGCAGAUGGACCGGAGAGUGAGCGACCUUUGGCCCCUGAGUGGCAUCGCAGACACGCAGUCACCAUGGAAACACUCGGCUCAGAGCGUGAUGCCCCUGCGCCAGCGGCUGGGAGACCCCGCUCUCUCCUUCAGCUCUCAGAGAGACAUAAUGAACCGCUCAGACUCUGACUCCUCCCUUCCUCUCCCUCACGCCGAAUCACGGAGCCUGUACAGCUCUAAGCCCCUCCCCAUGCCGUCCAGGCUCCUCCCCUUCCCCGGCCAGACCUCGGGGGGCGGAGGGGGGGGCGGCGGUCUGGAGAAGAGCUCCAGCCUCGGCGAGCUGAGAGGAAACUCGGCCGUCCUCGCCUCCGCCGGCUCCACCCGGUCGCUCUUCGUCACGUCCGACUCCACCGACGCUCCGCUCCUCUUCUCCUCCUCCUCCUCCUCGUCAGGCAGCGCUCGGGGGGCCGGCGCCGCCCCCCCGACCCGCCGGAGCCCCGUGGAGGAGGACGGGCCCGAGGAGAGCGAGUCCAGCGGCGGGCGGAGGAGAAACGCCUUCAAUAAGAUCUUCAAGAAGAAGCAGGGACGACACUGAAGAGCCUGACUCCACCCGGGGGGGACGAGGAGGUGGACGAGCCAAACACACAAACCAAUGAGGAAGAGGAGGAGGAAGAGGAAGAGGUGAUCAUAGAAAGCUGAAAGAAAGAGACACUUUCACAAACUGUUUUGUCUUCAGGAUGUUUUUGAGCUUCGAACCAAAAAUCAAUAAAAACGCAUCAAAAAAAA